AUGGAUAAAAAUUUGUGUGAAAAGUUCAAGAAUGUAUGGACGAAUUUUAACGAGAAAUUGAUUGGGGGAAAUUAUAAAAUUAAUGAUGAUGGAGAUUUCAAACAGUAUUGUAGUGGUCAAAAUUGUGUUAAUGAGCUCGAAAAAAUUAAUGCUGGAUGUUUAUAUUUGUUUGAUGCAUUCUUUGGGAAUUCUUCUUCGCGUACGAAUCAUAGUAGCAUCAAUGUUGUUGAUUACAUUAUGAUAUGGUUAAUUUAUAUGUUAAGCCUAAAGGGGAAUGAAACAAAAGACAGUCUACAACAUUUUUAUAAAACAAAUAUAAAUAAUCAAGAAAAGUAUACAAAUUCUAUAAAGAGUGUUGAAGGUUGUAAUAAUUAUAAGGAUCUUAUACUUAAAAACCAUGAUUUGACGAAUAGGGAUAUGGAUAAUAAUAUUAUAUCUGAAUUAUAUGAUGCAUUUAAAUUAUUAUGUAAAAUGUAUACUGGAUUUGAUGAAAGCACAUCAAAUUGCACAAACUGUCUGCAAUAUGCUAAAGAAUUUUUUGAAAAAUAUGAAAAACUUAAUAAAGAAUCGAAUAUUAUUAAUAAUGGUUCAUUUAACCAAAUAUUGUCUACUUUAUCAACUGAUUAUAAUAAAUUAAAAGAUAAGUGUAGCGAUAGUUCAUCCUUUCCAUUGAUAGAAUUAAAACAAAUUUCUGCACUAAAAUCUGGAGAAACAUCAUCAAGUUCGUCGAUAGCAAACAAAUUAUUUAUAGUUUUAUCGAUAUUUGGUGCAAUAGCGAUUUUUUUAGGAAUUUCUUAUAAGUAUUCGUUAUUUGGAUUUCGGAAAAGAGUUCAAAAACAUUUAAGAAAAAAGCUAAAAAAAUAA